GAUAAUCCGUUUAUGGAUGCAUGUUUUUGGACACAUGACAUGACAUCAAGAUCCAAGAUGCGGACGACAAGUAGUAGUUCCCUAGCAACACUCCCCGAAUUUAAAAUUGCUCUGCUGGGUUGCCUCGGUGUCGGCAAAUCAGCUCUUACAGUCAAGUUCAUCACAAAAAGGUUCAUCAACGAGUACGACCCGACACUAGAAGAUUCGUACACGAAGAAAGAUUCUGUGGAUAACCAGGUUGUUCUUAUCACUCUACUCGAUACAGUAUUCCAGGAGACACGUGACAUAGAACGAUAUCUGGAUUGGUCGGAUGGUCUUAUGGUAGUGUACAGUAUUACCAGUAAGCAAAGCUUUGACGAAGCCAAGCAACUUCUUCAUGAUGUGUCUGAGUUACAGAAAAACAACGGAGAAUCGACAGAGAUUCCUGUCGCCCUUAUCGGUAACAAAAAUGAAAUGGAGAGAUACCGACAAGUCAGCAAAGAUGAAGGCACAAUCCUUGCUACCCAGUAUGCAUGCUCAUAUCAUGAAGUUUCAGCAGCUGGUGACUUUGAAGAUGUUGAAAUAGUAUUGCACAAAAUGGUUCGGGAAAUUAAGAGAGAAACUGAGCGACAUAUGCCUAUCAAACCACUUUUUAUAUCAGAAGACAAACUGUUACUACCGCCCGCUACGACAAGUGGCAAGGAGAGAGGCGAUAGAUCCAAAUCUCCCACACCAAAGCCACCAAAAGUUGUUCAGAAAAAGACUGUUACAAGCUUUAAGAUUUUCAACAAAAAGGGCUUCAAAAUUUUCUAAGAAGAGCUUUCAUUCUUGUUACGUUUGUGUAUAAUUUUAUUCUGUACCCUAGUUUGCAUGUUGUUUCCAAAAGAAGACUGUUGCAUUUGUUCGUACCUACCAAAUUUAGGGAGUUUGACGCGAUUAUUAAUGAUACAUAAAAAAAAAGCUGUGUUAUUAUUUCAUUGUUUUUCAUAUUAGCACAAUGUAGCUGGACCAAGAUGGAGUUUUGAAUUGUAUUCAUACCUCCAAGAAACACGUGUUAUGCAAAGCAAUAAUAAGAAAAAGAUUUUGAAAUAUUUUUGUUAUUGUUUUCUUUUUUUUUUAAAUAAAAAAAAAAAUAUCGAGAUAGUUGUAGGUUAUUAAAGCAAUGUAAAAUAAUAGAUCAAUAUGAUAGUGGCAAUCACCACUAAAAUAAUAAUUGACAAAAUACAUAGGCCUAUUAUAUGCCGUACGUUAAUAAUACUAUAGAAAAAUGACUGAUGUACUGAAUAAUAUUAUUACCUGAGUAUAUUAUUCAAUAUAGGUAAUAUAAAGCAAUGUACUGUAUUGUCGUUGACAUAUUGAAUAACAUAGCAAUGUAAAAUAAUAGAUCAACAUGAUAGUGGCAAUCACCACUAAAUUAAUAAUUGACAAAAGACAGGCCUAUCAUAUGCCGUACGGUAAUAAUACUAUAGACUAACGACUGAUUAAUAUUAUUAUAGUAUAUUAUUCAAUAUAGGUAACAAAAAGCAAUGCACUGUAUUGUCGUUACCAUAUUGAAUAACGAUUAGCCUAAUUGUUAAGACCAACAAUUUGUAGUAAAUAAACAUGUAGUAAACCCAA